GGCCAGUCGCCCUCGCAAUCGCGGAGUCAACGCGCGCUGAACGUUCACAUCGCGAAUAAAGCGCGAAUAGUCACACAAAAUUCGGAUACCGUUUGCCAAAAAAAAAAAAACUCACAGUUGUUUUUUGUUUCUUUUUGACACCUGUCAAAUGAGUGAACGCUUUGUGACUGUAUUGUGCAAGUGAGAUCGAAAGUGUCUGGCGCGAGAAGAAAGCUCCGCGAUACGACGAUGACAAUUGAUUAAGCUAUAAUAAAAUUUUGAUUUUUUUGUAAUCAAAAUAUAAAGUUCCAUUAUUUUGAAAUGCAUUCUGAUUGCGAUGCGUCCCGACUACUGUUCUUAGUUUAAAAAUGUCAAAGGAAAACAGAAAGACAUGUAUGCGUUUAUGUAGCGUUCUUCUGAACGUAAGUGCGUGUGAAUAUGGACUUGACGACUCGUCGCGGGGAUAUGUUGGACGGAGCCGUCCCGGAAUCUAUAUCAAUGAACGGUUCGGAUCAGUGCCGAGAUAUUGUGAACGGACCCCAGAGCGGUAGUGACGUCACCGGUGUCACCGCCGACGUGCAGGUCCCUAGGAAGAUUAACUCUUUCAGUAUACGGAACUUGGUUGGCGGAGAGGACUCGAAUCAGACAGCCGACGGAAACGUGACCGUAAAUGAUGAUUAUUAUAACGAGCAGUCUUACCAGAAGUACUCAAGCAUGGGCAUAUCGGAGGUGCCCAAAGACGAUUCCCCCCGGACCACUCCCGAUCUAUCUCGUACUGAUCAGUCGCCUUCAGAACGACCACAUCCAGGCUCCGUGGACAGCGAUGAUGCUGACGAAUUUGCCCCGAAAAGGAAACAAAGGCGUUACAGAACCACCUUCACUAGUUUUCAACUUGAAGAGCUGGAGAAAGCGUUUUCUAGAACCCAUUAUCCAGAUGUAUUUACGAGGGAGGAGUUGGCAAUGAAGAUAGGAUUGACUGAAGCUCGAAUUCAGGUCUGGUUCCAGAAUCGACGGGCGAAGUGGAGGAAACAGGAAAAAGUUGGCCCCCAGGGACACCCCUACAAUCCUUACUUGAGCGCUACGGGAGCCGCCCCACCCGCCUCCGUGGUCGCCUCCAUGCCGAACCCCUUCACACAACUAGGGUUUGGUUUCAGGAAGCCCUUCGAUACAAACGCUUUAGCUUCGUUUAGGUAUGCUGGGGGUCCAGUACUUGGAGCUCAGUAUCUCGGUGCACCACUUCCACGACCACCAAUGUUCAGCGCCCCACUCUAUACGAGUUCCCCCCCAUUUCAUUCCCUCCUCGCGGGUUUAGCUCCUCCCCGACAAUCUCCCGAUCCGCCUCCUGUUUCUCCUCCUAUAUCUCCGGGCAGCGAGUCUCCUCCUAACCAGCCUCCGGUUCAAGAAGUGGAGAGAAGAAGCUCGAGCAUCGCAGCCCUGAGGAUGGCGGCUCGGGAGCACGAAUUAAGAUUAGAGAUAUUGAGGCAGCGACAUCAUAGCGACCUCAUAAGUUGAGUUUGACUGUUAUCCUAACAUGGAAGACCAAUUUUAACGAAUACCCAGGUCUUAAUUAGCCAGAUCUGCGAUUUAAUAUAGGAGAAGACUGUUGGUUUUGGUUUUGAUUUUUAGUAUUGAGAAUUCUUACCGACAACGUUAUGUUUCCUGUUAUAAUCAAUAGGUAAUUAUUAGAACACAAAUUAGGCAGACACUACUUAAGUUUUCCGUGGUUUAUCAGCGAAUAUGAUGCAAAUUCAGCCGCCUUAAUAAGUUCCAGCUAAGUAGACUGACCAAUCACUUGGCAUUCGUAAUCUGUAAUUGACUUAAGCACUUAACAACCAGUCAGCUUAUUAAUAUACGUUAAAACAGUUGAAACUUGUUUUACAGAUUUGUAUAGUAGAAAACAUACUUCGUCUUCUCGCAUUAAAAGUGUAUAAUCUCAAAACUUACUAAUUUUACAGUGUUUUGAAGGUUUAACAUGUUAUAUUUUUAAUAUUAAUCAUAUCUGCAAUAUUAAUUUUUAAAUUUUACCAGUUACAUUAUCUGUCUUUUAAAGGUAAGAUAAAAUUAUGUAUUAAUUUUUUUAAUAGUAGUCAAAACAUAGGUAAAUUAAAAAAAAAAUUUAAAACUAAACUACGUUCUUUUGCCAGUAUUUAUGACAAAAACACUAGUGAUACCAAAUGUUUACGCAUAUUAACUCAAAUUCGAAUAUUUUUGGAAAUUGUACACUUUUAAUGCGAAAAAGCGACUUGAGGAACUGGAAAAAAAGUUUUUUUUAAUUCUUCAACCUCCUUGGGACGUGCGGUGGGUUUGUUUCUAGCUUAACCCGAGUUAACAAACUUAAGCGGCAAACUUCACUCAGAGUACACGUUUGUAACUUCACGCAUUUAACUAUGUCAUUUAAGUUACAUUACGGCCCUAUUUUUUUAAAUUCAUAAUAUUAAAUUAAUUUGAUUUUUCUUACAAUUUUAAAUCAAACGAUAAAAUCGAUCAGUAUUUUCACGGUUUGUCUUAAGACCACAGCAUUGAGUUUUUGAAAAACGAAUAUAUGUAUAUUUUUUUUCAGAAAUUUUAUAGGCGAAGGAAUCUUUAUCUAAUCGGACUUAUUUUGUUUUUAAACGGCUGGGAUAUAAUAAUUCGUUUUGUAAUUAAAUAGAAAGAAAAAAAACAUCAAAAUCUUUUAGCAUUGAAGAAACUAUCGUAAGAUCAUUAGAUAUUAUCGAAAAUAAAAGAUAUUAUGAACACAAACGCCGGCGCUAAUGGAUUUAAUAAUUUUGUUAUCAAGAUGCCUAUCGGAUCGUGUUAAAACAUAGAAAUGGGAUCGUUGAAAAAUGAACUUUAUUGCCACUAUUCCUUUGCGAUUCAACGUCCAGUGUAUAAAGUCCGAGACUAUAAUAAAACAGACAGCAUAUUAUUUUUCUUUGACGUAGUUUUAAGAAAUUGUUUUAAUUGUUUUUAAUUUGUAUACGUAGGAAGUGAAAACACACUUAUCGUUUGAACAGUGUCUCAACAACGACAUCGGGGCCUGAAUUCAGGUUUGAACUAACCUUGACACGAUUUUUAGUGACCAAUAGUCAUUUGAACGUAUGUGUAAAAAAAAAUCGACACUUAAUUUUAUACAAUACUAGCUGACCUGACCCGGCAGACUUCGUAGUGCCUCAAUCGAUAAAUAAAAGACCCAAACUUUUGUAUAAAAAUAAACUUAAAACAAACAAAAGGAAUCCGUCCGACGGGGGGGGACAUCAAAGGAAAAACAAAAUUGUUAUUUUUAUUUAAAUCCGAGCAUUUUCAUAUUUAUUUACCUUUUAAACCUUCUCUGAACUUCCACAAAUAAUUUAGGACCAAAAUUAGUCAAAUCGGACCAGCCGUUCUCGAGUUUUAGCGAGACUAACGAACAGCAAUUCAUUUUUAUAUACAUAGAUAGAUGUCAAAAUUACUUUACAAAUACUCAUUCGUUUUGUUAACAAAAUAUAAAGUUGUACGAAUGUAAAUAUAUGAACAAUAUAUUAUUAUGAAAAUAAUACUCUCCCAAACAAUUUCCGAAAAGUAUGAACAGAAAGAGAUUUUCAAAUAUAUUUUCCAGAAAACGAACGAAUUAAUUUAUGCUAUUAUUAUUCAUCAAUCGAUUUCCUUUGUAAUUCAAUUUACACAUUGAUAUUAAGAUGGUAUUUGUAAUAAUUCAUACUUAAUAUUCUAAUAGAACAAAUGGAGGAAGAUUCUCAAUUUACACGCUUUAACAAGAAAAAGUGGUAUUCACUUCCAACGUUGCUAAUUACGUUGUAUAUAUUACUUACGAAUCCGUCCAAUACUACAUAAAUUGCCUUAUUUGUUAUUUAUUGUAAUUAUAAGUCGGUAAACAAGCUAUUAUAUUAAGUUUUUAUUUUUAUUUGGUAAUUCUCAAGCAUCAUCCGGUGCCUUUGUAUGUAUUUAAACGUCGCAUGAUUUUUAAGGAAUAAAGAUGUUGACAAUAAA